GGGGCUUUCGGUCAGCCUGCAUGUGCCGUUGCGUUGUCUUUCUGGUCUCUGGUCGGUUUAUGUUCUCCGUUCGCUAAAAUUUACCGCUGCUGGCGCUUGUUCUAUUGUUUUUGCUGCAGUAUAAAAAAGUGUUCGCUGUUUGGCCAUCAACGGGAAAAGAAGAUGAUCCAGUAGCAGUGCAUCGUUUGGUGAAACUCGCGACGACUGUCCAUUUUCGUUCUUUGUUCUGGCGCUUGUGAACGGAUACUUCUCGCCACGUUGCGGAACUUACUCGCAAUUGUAGGAUACAAAAAUAGCACAACUUCCGCUCCAUAGGCGAUUCGAUGUGUGUAUGUUUUUGAUUCGAGCGAUAAAAGAAGCGUCACGGGAUAGUGGGUCCCGCUAGUGGACAGCCUAGAGGAAACGACUUGGGAAGCCAAUCGGCUCAGUACCGGAAGUGCAAAUUUAGUGAGGUUCGUAAACUAUCCGCCGUUGACAGUUCGGAGCCGAAAGGAAGUGGAAUAUAUCGGUCGGAGCAAGAAAAAAAAAGACGUGGAGUGUGGGCAGAAAAAAUCUUGAUAAAUUAAACCCUAACUAGCUGACGGGCUAAAAGACGGCCACUGUGGGAUGAAGUGAAAAAGUGUAAUUUAUUUUUUGCUCAUAUCAGUUAUGUUUCUCCACUGUCAGUUACUAGCAGAAAACAAGCUUUCGGUGGAUUUGUUGAGCAACAAAAAUCUUUGCUGAACGGUGUUUCGAAGGACUCGGGACCAACAGCUCCUACUUUCUCCACGCUGUGGCACAGGCAGACGUCUUUUCAUGCAUUGGAAUACAGCUCUGAGCCGUACGCGUCAGAUGUGCAUAACUUACCGUGUCAAUUUUAUUUUACAACUGUAGCAAAUGUGAAUCCGGAGACAAACCACGGUCAGACAUAGGAGAAUCCGCGACCCAUGUGAGGCAGGCGGGGCACUCAACACAGACAGCGGGUCUAAUCUAAACAAUCUCUAAUGGACUGGUGCUGCAAGGGCUGCUACGAUUCCAAGACAGUGCACAGAGACGCCUACCUCGGUCAAGUGUGACUGUUCUUGCGUAUGCGUGUUGGCGUUUCGCGUAGGGUUUGUGCACGACAACGAGAUGCAUUGCACCUGGUGACAGCUGUGACAUCUACCAGCAAUACUCUGCAAAAGGACACAACUUUUCACUCGAUUUUUCUUAAAAGUGCAUGCAACUGAAUAAAAAAUAUUCAAUUUAUUGCAAAUGUUCAACAUUAUGAUAAUGAUUAUUAUAUACCAGAAACCUCGUUGAAUUGAUAAUUUGAAACGUUUCGAAUGUCCAAGAGUUCCCCAACAUUCGAAUCUUAGUGCCUAUAGCGUUCAAAAAGCGACUGAUGCGAAGAAGUCAUUGAAAUCAAUCUUAGUGUGUUGUGAGCCAAGAGCUGGCAGAAGUGUGUUUCUACAAAAGUGCUUUCAAGUGUGUAAACAAGCAAGCGGACCGUGAGCCAAGCCAUAAAGAUCAUCGACAGGAGAAGAACCUGUUGAUUAGAGGGCAAAUGCCCUCUUCGUUGCCACUAAAGCAGCUGCUCGUGUAGUUGAUCGGCAAUGGCGUGCUCAUCUCAAUAGUUUCGGGUUUUGGUUCUAAUUAUUUAUGAGAAAGGCGUGCUAAAGUGGCAGAAGUUAGGAAAGAGCAGAAAAGAUGUUGGGAGCACUCAAGCGGCGAUGGAGGACCACGCGAAGAUCUGUAUCAGCUGAUAACCAGUACGAGGUUGACCGGGAAGGUUCGAAUGAAAUCAUACCACCUCCGCGGUACGUUGAGUUUCUGAAAGCAGAACGCGAUGAAAUCGUCGGCGAGACUAUCCUUCCACCCCGGUACAUCGAAGUACGUAAGGGGCGCAUAAUUCUCGAAACGCAGAAAGUGAUCGCAGACACGGACAACAAGACUGAUGGCGGCCGGGAUUUGUUUCCAUCGUUCGCGAAAAGCAAAUUGGCAAUCGGUUCUCCUACGAUACCGGAUCCACCCGAUGGCUACGAACGGCCCAUGAUUCGGAGCCAACCUCAGUCGCCCGUACACGAGCGUGGGAAGUCGGACAGCAUCGGAACCAACUGUUCUUCCCGGUCCGAGCCUUGUAAAAAUGCGGAUCUUCUUGAAGCCAGAAUAGCAGAACUCGAGGAUGCCUUACUACGACUUCAAGAUAGGGUAAACCAAAGCCAAUGCAACUCACCCACCCUUGAGAAGGAGAUAAAGGAGCAUCUGGAGAUUAUGAAUAAAGUCAUUAAAACUAAGGAUAAAAAAUCGUUGCAAGCAUGCAAGGAGCACAAAACGUUACAGGCACGCUUUCAACGACAGGAAGACAGUCUGCAAAUCCUCCAGAGCGAAAAUAAAUCCCUACACCAAAGAGUGAAACAGUACGAAGCUUGCCUUGAUGAUAUAAUGCGGAAGGUGGUGGACGCCCUGGUGGCGGAAGACUGUUUGAGAGAUGAGGUUUCUAUUUUGAAAACCCGUGUCCGGGAUCUGGAAGCACAGAAUGCAGCCCUCACUGCAAGCCCGGCAAAAAGCCGUGACGAAGGGUACUGCACCAUGAGCACCGGACAGCCCCAGCCUACGCAAGAGGGCCACCUGGAGGAACUGCCAGAGGAGCCGGAGCAGUGGCUGGUUUCCGCGGAACCGUGCACCGCCGAGAUGGAAGACUGGAGCAUGUCACAGGAAGAGUUGGCUACAGCCCUGGAAGAGGACAACCACGAGUGGAUCUGGAACUCAAGCUUCCUCACUACCAGCGAAACGCAAACGGAAGACGUAUCCGCACUAUUACAAGAACAAAUAGUGUAUUCGGAGGAUGAGGAGGUAGCAUGUACAAAUUUUACUCGAGAUUUCUAUAGACUGGUUAGCAUAAAGUCUGAAAGCAAUCGAAGCCUACAGUCGCCAACGCCGGUGGACACGACGACCAGCAGCAGCGACGAAAACGAAAGACUGACGAGCCCCACUCCCAGCGAGGCAGGACGAGCUCAAGUUCAUAGUUGUUCCUCCAGCGAAUCGAGUGAUGUUAUCACGGAAAAACAUGAACCAUCGCUUCCCUCGCCACCCGUUUCACCGCAACGACAUCCUGCCACUGUUUUGCAUCCGGCAGCAACGGCAGACUUACUUCAGGAUGUACUGAUCACAUGCCACAAUCAACAGAAAAUACAGCAAAACAAUAAAAAAUUACAAAGGGAAGGCACCCAGUCGGCAUCUCCCUCGUGGCGGCGAAGCAACGGAUGGAGGCGAGUUCCUAGAAAUAGUCAUGAAACACACAUCCCUGUCCCGAUUGCUUCGAAGGAUCGCUUCAAAUCGCCCCCACCUGUGCCCGUACGGAGAAAUUGCGCCAGCUAGCCAUCUCUUUACCAUGUAGACUAAACUGAAACCAAACUUGUAUCAGAAACAGGUUGGACAUCGAUCAGGAAUUUGAAUACUAUUAAUCGUUACAGCAAUGACACGAACUGUUUAGCUUUAGGCAUUGAAUUGUGAUAGUACAUUUAACGAACAAAAACAAAAAUCUUCGCAACCGUUUGCGUAGGGAACACCUAAUCACUGCCAAUUUCAUCGAACAGCGUGAGGCCUAUCUUCACGGACACGAAGGACAUCAAUCAAAUUGCUGGACAAUAAGAAUGAAGGUAGAAGUCGAUUCCCAUCCGGAGAAACGAAAGCUCGACAAAUAACUGCUGCCUUGCGUUACGCAGUGUAACGCAAACGCAUCGCGCGUUAGCAUAAACGAGGAGUAUGGUUGUGAUCUUCGCUGAACUUGUGCACAAAUUGUUGCAUGCACUGGAUGACGGUGUACUGGAAGAAAGACAAAGUGAAAAAAUAAAGCAGACAAUACACAUUUUUGACCAUUUUAAGCAACUGUGCAAACUCAAAUUGAGUGAUGAAUGCAAUUGAACAUGUUAUGAAAUCUCAACUGAACAAAUUAAAUUUUUUUGCUAGUUUGACUAGCGUGCAAUCGUUUUCUUGAUUUUGAAAUGAAAAACCUAAAACUAUGAUUAUUCAGGAUCAAAAAUUGGAAAUAUCUUUUGGUGGUUCCUUAUUUGCGACUCUUAAGAAGUCCAUAAGUCCCUUUAUUCGUUUGUACAGAAUGUGUUAUUAGACUGUGAAUGAAAAGGUAGAAUAGAGAAGUACAAAUGGUUACUGGUUACUCACAGUAGUGGUAGCAAAGAUAACGGUGUUCGAAAGUCGAGUUAAAUUUCCAUAUCCUAGCUAACCAAAAUUGGAACUCCAAGAUUCCAUCUAUAAGUAGGUUGUUCCAUACCCAACUAUUCUGGAUUACGUUUACCUGGCAAUAUAUCAGAAGUGGUGAGACGAUUCAUUCAGCGAGUUUCUAACAAUGUAAAAUUUUGUAACUAAACCACUCAUAUGAAUCAUGUAUCAUACAACAUUUUGUAUUAUUCGAACUAGCAUAUGUUUGUAGACUUUCUAUGUAUAAGAGUAAGCCAAAAUAUUCUAAUGGUUCUCAUAGUGUUUCACAGCAUACCAGAACAGGUGUAAUUUAUUCGUUGUUUGAAGUAUACAAAUAAACGGAAUAUAUUCUUUCCUCUUGAAAAAUCUAUUUAUGAUAAUUAAUGAUAACCAACUGUUUAUACGAAGUUUGUAUGGAUAUUGGUUGAAUAAUACUGAAAAAUA